GGUAGGGGGCUGGGAGGGCGGCCCCGGCCGAACCGAACCGGGCUGUUGUCGCUUCAGGCAGCUCCGGGGCGGCCAUUGUUGUGCUGGGGGCCUCGGUCCAGCCCGGGUUUAGAGCUGAGGCGACUGAAACUGCACUGCAGUCCGAGAUCGGGGCCGAAUAGCUAGUGUUGUUGCCGCCACCGCAGGCCUGUGUUACCUGAACUGUGUGCCAGGACCCGCCCGCCAACUGGCGGUUGACGCGAGACAGACUCUCGCGGGGGAAGGGGAGGCCGGGACCCGACCCUUGGCUCAGGAGAAGGGUCCUGGCGAAGACGAGCGCGGGCCGGGAACCCGGGAGAGCCCGCUGGGAACCGGGGGCGCUGCGCGGCCGCCUCCGACAGGUUAUUCCGGGAUAAGCCUGGGCGCUGGGGCGGGCCCGGGCUUCGCUGGGGGCCGGGCGGCGCGGGGCGGGACGGCGGGAGAGCACGCCCCUGCCCGCCCAGGUCCCGCCCCGCGCCGCCUGCCCGCCGGCCAGCCCGCGAGGGAGCGCCUGUCCCAGGCCUGGACCGUGCGCGUCCGCCUGCUGGAGCUGGGCACCGCCGGCCUCCUGGGCACCGGACUGGGCGGGGGCGCUGACCUCGGCCUAGAAGGCCUGCGAGUUGCACGCACUCCCUGAGCCUCUGCUCUCGCCACUCCUCGGUGGGGCGAGGCCAGGUGCCACCCUUCCCACCUCUCCCUCCCCUUCCUCCCGCAACCCGGUGCCCGCGGGAGAACCCGUCCGCCCGCCCCCUCCCGCAGGGGUGUAGCCGGCUGCUGAGCUGACAGCAGCCCCGCAGCCGCCCUGCCGAAACUCGCCGGAAGCGGCCCAAGCAGACAGGGCUCUCAGGCCGCCGCAGCCCCGGCGGAUCCACGGUUGGACCAGAGGCGUCGGCCCUCCUCCCGCGCCCAAACUUGGAGCGUUUGACCUUUGGCUGUUGGAGGAGGCAAGCCCACGGGUGGCUGGACAGCUGCGGCGCCGCGAGGGCAUCUUGCCUGGUUCCGGGACCGUCGGCUGCACUCCCAGGCUCCAGCCUCUGGGAUCCCGAGGUGUCCGCAUCAGGCGCAUGUUGACUGAGACCUGGAGUCAUGGCUGUGUGUGUCCGUCUUGCCUUGUGGCUCCUCUGGGGGCUUCUCCUGCAUCAGGGUCAGGGCCUCAGCCAUAGCCACAGCGAGAAGGCGACAGGAGCAGGCUCGGGGGUCAAUUCUGAAGAGUCCACCGCAGCAGAGUUUUGCCGGAUUGACAAGCCCCUGUGCAACAGUGAGGAUGAGAAGCUCAGCUUUGAUGCAGUCCGCAGCAUCCAUAAGCUGAUGGACGAUGAUGCCAAUGGUGAUGUUGAUGUGGAAGAAAGUGAUGAGUUCCUGAGGGAAGACCUCAAUUACCAUGACCCGACUGUGAAACACAGCACCUUCCAUGGUGAGGAUAAACUCAUCAGUGUGGAGGACCUGUGGAAGGCAUGGAAGUCCUCAGAAGUGUAUAACUGGACCGUGGAAGAAGUGGUGCAGUGGCUGAUCACUUAUGUGGAGCUGCCUCAGUAUGAGGAGACCUUCCGGAAGCUGCAACUCAGUGGCCAUGCCAUGCCAAGGCUAGCUGUAACCAACACCACCAUGACAGGGACUGUUCUGAAGAUGACAGACCGGAGCCAUCGGCAGAAGCUGCAGCUGAAGGCCCUGGAUACAGUGCUCUUUGGACCUCCUCUCUUGACCCGUCACAACCACCUUAAGGACUUCAUGCUGGUGGUGUCUAUCGUUAUUGGUGUGGGCGGCUGCUGGUUUGCCUAUAUCCAAAAUCGUUACUCUAAGGAGCACAUGAAAAAGAUGAUGAAGGACCUGGAGGGGUUACACCGAGCUGAGCAGAGUCUGCAUGACCUUCAAGAAAGGCUGCACAAGGCGCAGGAGGAGCACCGGACAGUGGAGGUGGAGAAGGUACACCUGGAGAAGAAGCUGCGUGAUGAAAUCAACCUUGCCAAGCAGGAAGCCCAGCGGCUGAAGGAGUUGCGGGAGGGCACUGAGAAUGAGCGGAGCCGCCAAAAAUAUGCUGAGGAGGAGUUGGAGCAGGUUCGGGAGGCCUUAAGGAAAGCAGAGAAGGAGCUGGAGUCACACAGCUCGUGGUAUGCUCCAGAGGCCCUUCAGAAGUGGCUGCAGCUGACACAUGAAGUGGAGGUGCAGUACUACAACAUCAAGAAGCAAAAUGCCGAGAAGCAACUACUGGUGGCCAAGGAGGGGGCUGAGAAGAUAAAAAAGAAGAGAAACACACUCUUUGGCACCUUCCAUGUGGCCCACAGCUCUUCCCUGGAUGACGUGGAUCACAAAAUCCUAACAGCUAAGCAGGCCCUGAGUGAGGUAACAGCAGCACUGCGGGAGCGCCUGCACCGAUGGCAGCAGAUUGAGAUCCUCUGUGGCUUCCAGAUUGUCAAUAACCCAGGCAUCCACUCACUGGUGGCCGCCCUCAACAUAGACCCCAGCUGGAUGGGCAGCACCCGCCCCAACCCGGCCCACUUCAUCAUGACUGAUGACGUGGAUGACAUGGAUGAGGAGAUUGUGUCACCCUUGUCCAUGCAAUAUGCUGCCUGGCUGAUGGGGCGUAGGUUCAGUGACUGCUCUCUCUACUCUACAUCCGCCGGCUCGGAUGAUCAGUCCCUCUGGAAAUACCCGGCCCCCACCCUGCAGAGCAGUGUCCGGCAGCGCCUGACGGAGCCACAGCAUGGCCUGGGAUCUCAGAGGGAUUUGACCCAUUCCGAUUCGGAGUCCUCCCUCCACAUGAGUGAUCGCCAGCGUGUGACUCCGAAGCCUCCUCCUAUGGUCCGUGCUGCAGAUGAGGCUCUCAAUGCCAUGACUUCCAAUGGCAGCCACCGGCUGAUUGAGGGGGUCCACCCAGGGUCUCUGGUGGAUAAACUGCCUGACAGCCCUGCCCAGGCCAAGAAGGCUCUCUUGGCACUGAACCAUGGGCUAGACAAGGCCCACAGCCUGAUUGAGCUGAGCUCUUCAGCCCCAGCUAGUGGCUCUACACCUUUGGAUUCUUCCCAUUCUCACAGUGCCAGUUCCCCAGACCCAGACACACCAUCCCCACCUGGGGACAACCGAGCCCUGCAGGCCAGCCGAAAUACUCGCAUUCCCCACCUGGCUGGCAAGAAGGCCAUGGCUGAGGAGGAUAAUGGCUCCAUCGGCGAGGAGACAGACUCCAGCCCAGGCCGGAAGAAGUUUCCCCUCAAACUCUUUAAGAAGCCUCUUAAGAAGUAGGCAGGAUGGGGGUAGCAGUGGUGGGACAGCUUGUCCUUCCCUGAGUCUUCUGCCUCCCAUCCCCCCUCGCCCCUUGCCUCCAAGAUACCUGGCCCCUAGAGUGGGGCAUGGGAGGGUCUGACCCAGGGCCUGGGCACUGUACAUACCCACCCCACCCCCCAUCCUUGGGUAUUUCAACAUUAUUUAUUAACUGACCACCAUGGCCUGCCUGCCCUGCCUUCCUUCCAACCAGGGGCUGCUGCUGUCACUCCCUCUCCAAUUCAGUGCAUGUCUUAGUUGCAGCUCCCUCUUUCCCCCUCACCUCCCAGCUCCGGCUCUGAGGUCCAGCUUCUUCCUCUGCUAUCCCAGUUUUGAGGUUUGGUUUAUUGUUUCUCUCCAUCUCUUGCUUUCAGGCUCCUCCCUCCACCCCACUCCCCAACUUCCCCUAUCAGCUGCAGGGAAAAUAGGAGGAGUAACUUCUGACACCUGUGCCUCAGAUCCAUUCCACCCCACCCAUAAUAGUUCUGUCUGCUAAGACUGGGGUCUAGGGUGUAAUCUUUGGGGUUUGUUCUUUGGGAGUGUGGUGGGCCAGAGGGAACCUUAGCGUAGAGCUCACUCGGGCCUCCAGAGGUACUUGGGAAAUUGGGUUGUGAAACCAAUUCCCAGAGAACAAGUCACUGGAGAGUUUUGAAAAGAGGCCAGGCUAGGGGGAUGGAUUGGGAGAGACUUCUCUUAGUUGGAGGAUGAGUGGGUGACAGAGCUAUGGGUUACAAGGCAGUUAUCUUUCCUCUCUUCCCCCACCACACCUGCCACCCGCUUCCCCCUGCUGCCCCACUCUGCAGGAGGGUUUGUCUCUAAGAGGUGCUGCCCUAAUGCUCCCUACAAUCUGUACUCCUGGGGCUCAGGAAAAUUGGCUCCCCUGGCCAUGGGAGCCACAGCCAUGAUACCGGGUUCCAAUGGGGGGCCCUAGAGAUGUUGGGUAAGGAUGUUGUAGCAUUUGAGCCAAACAACAAAUAGUUUAAAAGUGAAAAAAGAAAUUCCUGAAUUUCCCAAGUGCCUGCACCACAUACUCCCCUUGUCAGACCCCAUUGUCAUGUUACUUUAUAACCUGGUCCAGAGGCUCCAAAAGGACACAGCCAGUUUGAGGAAGGGGUGGCUAAGGAAGAUGGUGUAGAUGAAGGUGGCUGUAUUACCACUCCCCUCACCCUCUUUCCAGCCUCUAAACAACUCCCUCCCUUUACUGUUUUUGCUAUGGCUGUAAAGGUAUUGUCCCUCUGCCCUAUUCCCUGCCAUGCCUCUACCCUGGGAUCCUAUAUUGGGCCUGAGGUGAGGGCAACUGGGGCUGGUCUUAGGAGGGUGCUAGGCAGCAGACUGCCUUGUACCCCCUGAACCCCCUCACAUGGAUUUUUCUGUGUCAUUUGAUAAGACUCUUGAAGUCCAAUAAAGCAUGUAGGCAAUUUUAACCUC